UUCAAAUGCCUCCAUAAACCAACACCCAUCCUCUCAUCUCUCAAUCCAAAAUUGCUUCUCUCUCUCUCUCUCUCUCUCUCUCUCUCUCUCUCUCUCUCUCUCUCAAUUUCUAGCUUUUUAGCUACAAACAUUCAUAUAUUUCUGCUUAGAAUCUAUGUUUCUGUCAGUUCAUCAGUACCCAACAUCCUGUUAGAUCGUUUUAAGAUCUUAAUUUUAGAUUAGGAGAGGUUUUUGCUUACAAUUAGGGUUUUUUUUUCUCGCCGGAGAUUUAUCAGCUGUGGCUGCCGCACGCCGCCUUCCUUCCGAUUCCGGUGCCUUUGCCGAUUGGGUGGCUCCUCCCACCGCCGAUGAUGAACUUUCUCUCGGUUUCAAUUCCGCUGCUGCCGUACCGGUUGCUAGGAUGUGGCCCUCCUCCUCCUCCUCCAGACCUAUUGCUGGUGCGUAUGGCCACACGGCACCACCGCCGACGGACAUGGUGGGUCUCAUGGCCUCUGGCUAUGGAGUUGGCCUUAGUGUUUUGCCUCUUCUUACUGGUCUUGCGCCGUCGAGUGUCGGAAUUGAAGAGACUAAUUUGAUGAUCAGCCGCGGCGGCGGCGGCGAUGGCGGCGGCGGAGGUGGUGGGGUUCAAUUUCAUGGGAAUAAUUUUGAUGGGUUUGGGUUUUUGGGAGGUGGGUCGAGCUUGAAUUCCGGCGUUGGGACUUGUCAUGACUGUGGGAACCAAGCUAAGAAAGACUGCAACCACCGCCGGUGCCGGAGUUGCUGUAAAAGCCGAGGUUUUGACUGUGCUACUCACGUGAAGAGCACGUGGGUUCCAGCAGCCCGGCGGAGAGAACGCCAAGUACUGAGCGCCGCCGCCGCUGCCGCCGCCACUGGUGGGACUUCAUCGGGAUCCACCUCCGGCGGGAAGAAGCCGAGGCUCAUUGCAUCACAAACAACCACCAAUUCUCACACUUCCACUUCCAAUACUCCAACACGAAGCUUCGACACUUGCUCAGCUGCAGAUAUGAGUUAUAAAAGGGCGAAGAAGCUGCCGGAACAAGUACGAGCGCCGGCAGUGUUCAAGUGCGUCCGGGUGACGGCGGUGGAGGGUGGCGGUAGCGGCGGGAAUGAAUAUGCAUAUCAAGCCGUGGUGAAGAUCGGCGGCCAUGUUUUCAAAGGCUAUUUAUACGACCAUGGAGUGGAAGCUAGAGAAGGGUUUCCAAUGUUGUCGGAUUUGCAUCUGGGAGGAGGCGGAGAUGGCGGUUCGACGUCGUCACCGAUCAUCGAUCCUAGUGAUGUGUAUGGAAGCUCCGCCGGGCGCGGUGGAGGACUGGCUGGGGGUUCCGGCUAUGGUAAUCCAAUAAGUUGAGUUACUUUUGUGUUUGUUGAGUUGGUUGGAUCCAUAUUUAAACAUGUUGGAUGUUUUGUUUUAGCAUUUGAAUUUGUUUAGUGGGGAAAUAAGAGAUAGGAGCCUUUACUUAUA